CAGAAUAAAGAAAUAUUACGAAUACAUCGAGUUAUCGUUGUAUAUAUUGUAAAACAGUAGGGAUAAUAUUUAUUUCGCAUUAAAAGAUGACAGAAGAUUUAUUAAUUAAGGAAAAAGGGUUUCGUCAACUAAAUAAAGAACUCGAACAGAAAGCGCACGAUUUGAUGAAAAACGUAGAUCGUGUUAUAAACACUUAUAACAACGAAUGUUUAAUUUCUAAUUCAAAAAACCAAUGCACGCAUUUCAAAAGGGAGCAAACAAAGUUCUCGGAAUAUGCAGCAACACAAAAAGAAGCAAAUUCGCAGGUUUCCGUUAAACGAAAUUCGUCUUUGCCGUAUAUUUUUGGCCAAGUUUCAUCUAAAUUAAAAGUAGAAGCACAGCAAGAUUUUGUGGAUGAUGCUUCUAAAAAAGGAAACUUGGCAAAUAAAACCAUUAUUAAUUUGUUAAAAGCUAAAAUAGAUAUGUUGCAAACUGAGUUACAAACAUUACAGAUUGAAUACAGAAAAAAGUGUAAUUUAUGCAUGGAUUUAGAAUCUGAACAAAAAAAAAUUGAACUCAAAUUACAGAAUGAAAUAGAAUCAUUAAAAAAUACAAUUACAAAAUUAGAAAACACUAAUAAAGAAUUACAAUGUCAAUCACAAGCAUUAAAUAGUGAAAGUUCAAUUAUAAAAAAGAAUUUAGAGAAACUUCAAAAAGAAGUAAAAGGAUCAAAGCAACAAUCUGACGUUUAUAGUAUGAGAUUGAAUAGGUCUUUAGAAAAUAAUAAUAAACUCAGAAAUGCACUUAAAUGUUCUCAAAUAGAAGAAAAGGAAUUGAGAAAUCAAAUUAGAAAAUUACAGGAUGAUAAAAGGAUGACAGUUAAUAAUCUAGGAAAACAGCUGUCAGAAUUGGCACAUGUAUUUAAAAAACAAAUGUUGAUUAUAGAUAACUUAAAGAAACAAAAUGCAUGCUUAAUUGGAAUUGGACAAUUAAAAUUUACACAAGAAGAGUUUUCAAGAUUAUUGGAUCAAAAAUCAGAGUGCUUAUGUUAA